UGAAAUCGAUAUGCGAUUGGUGGAAAUUUAUCACUUUUCAUGUUUUCACUUUAGAAAAGUUAAGAAUCGAUACCCUGGCAUGCCAGGUCCUCUUAAUAAUCUGGCAGCGUGGAUUGCACGUCAUUAUUAGUGUGAUCCUUGGCCAAAAAGGAAGAAGAAAAAUGUCAGGUCCUCCAGGUAUACUGGAAAAUGUUAGAUUAACAGCGCAACCUGAAACACAGAAUGUGAAAAGAAAUAUGCGAUGGCCGUUCAUUUGUGUUCCAGCUUCGCCGAGACAGUCCGUAGUCGGUGAUGAGCAACAAGUGGUCGCCGGUAAUCAGACAGCCGCUGCCAAUAUACAGCAGUCCAUCAAUAUGCAAACAUAUGAAUUAUUGGGACUAAACGAAUUCGGACAACCCGGCGUAAUUGGUGGAGAGAAUAGAUCACCUGAUUUGCAGCUUCCAGGCGGUCUUCAGUCCUGUCAAAUUACAGCGACACCAGUGCUAGGAACAAAAGAGUGGCAUAUGUCCGUUACACCAGAUCUCAGAAAUUAUCUUGUUCAUAAAAUGGUACAAGCAAUAUUUCCAAUUCCUGAAUCUCAGGUCAUGCUCGAUAAUAGAAUGCAGUUAGUCGCAUAUGCAAAAAAAGUGGAAAGGGAUAGAUAUGAAAUGGCUAAUUCACGAUCGGAAUAUUAUGAUUUGAUAGGUAAAAAGAUUUACAUGAUUGAUAAGCAACGACAGUAUCGGAAGAUAUGCCAACUCAAGCUGCAAGCUCAACAACAGCAGCAACAACUGCCACCAGCGGGUACAUCCUAUCCUAGAUCCAGGAGGCGCGUACGUCCUUAUCCAAAUGUAGAGAAUGUAAUACCAAAUCCGAGUCCAUCCGAGAUGAGAGCUUAUGAGAAUGUAUUUGAGUAUUUGGGAAGUUUGUCAUUAGAAGAAUCUGAAAAUAACUUGUUAUAAAAUCUUCGAAAGAUAAAUAUAAUACAGAAAAGAGUUAAACAUU